AUGUCGUCCAAAGACGAGCCCAUUGACUCCAGUGCCAUGGAGAAGGGCCACACGACUGCCCUGGAGGGUACUAGCCAAGUGAUCCCUAAAACAACGACGAUCGAGCGUGACCCAAAUUUCAUGACCCGCAACGGUCUGAGUCUGGAAUCUUUUAAGAAAGCUCAUUAUGGCACCGGCUUCGUCGAACUUGAACGCCCUAUGAAAGCCAGGCAUCUGAAUAUGAUCGCUAUUGGUGGUUCUAUCGGCGCCGGUUUCUUUGUUGGUUCUGGCGGUGCUUUGAGUAAAGGUGGCCCUGGAAGUCUUUUUCUCGACUUCUUGAUCAUUGGUAUCAUGAUGUUCAACGUCGUGUAUGCUCUAGGUGAACUCGCUGUCAUGUAUCCAGUUUCUGGUGCCUUUUAUACUUACUCAACCCGCUUUAUUGACCCUUCCUGGGGUUUUGCAAUGGGCUGGAACUAUGUCUUCCAAUGGGCUGUUGUCUUGCCACUUGAACUCACGGUCUGCGGUCUGACUAUUCAAUACUGGAACGAAGACAUAUCGGUCGGUGUUUGGAUUGCCGUAUUCCUUGCUGCGAUUAUUAUUAUCAACUUAUUUGGUGCCCUAGGCUAUGCUGAAGAGGAGUUUGUAUCUUCUGUCUUCAAGCUUCUCGCGACUGUUAUCUUUAUGAUUAUUGCCUUUGUUCUCGUACUAGGCGGUGGACCUAAGGAUGGCCGAUAUAAUGAGUACUGGGGCGCCAGAUAUUGGUAUGACCCAGGGGCCUUUAAGAAUGGCUUUAAAGGCUUUUGCGCUGUCUUUGUCACAGCUGCUUUCUCCUUUUCUGGAACCGAACUGGUUGGUCUUGCUGCUGCCGAAGCUAAGAACCCUGUCAAGUCUCUGCCAAGCGCCAUUAAGCAGGUAUUCUGGCGUAUCACGGUAUUUUAUAUCCUGGGCCUGUUCUUCGUUGGCCUUCUCAUUGACAGCAAUGACCCUUCGCUACUCUCGUCGCAAGCCUUCAGCGAUGUGAAGACUUCGCCCUUUGUUUUGGUUGGAAAAUAUGCUGGACUCACGGGAUUUGACCACUUUAUGAACUUGACAAUCCUGGUCUCUGUCUUAUCAAUUGGCGUCUCGGGUGUAUAUGGAGGCUCUCGAACUCUGACCGCUUUGGCCCAGCAAGGCUAUGCUCCCAAGGUAUUCACUUAUAUUGAUAGGUCAGGUCGCCCUCUCUUCUCCGUCAUUGCCAUCAUUCUUUGCGGAUUCCUCGGGUUUGUGAGCUUAAACAAUAAGGGCCCUGUCGUCUUUGACUGGCUCCUAGCCUUAUCCGGACUUGCAGCUAUCUUCACCUGGGGUUCAAUUUGCUUGGCCCACAUUCGAUUCCGCAAGGCGUGGAAGUACCACGGUCAUACGUUGGAUGAGAUCCCUUUCAAGGCUAUCGGGGGUGUCUAUGGCUCUUGGCUCGGACUCGCUCUCUGCGUUCUCGUCUUGAUUGCUCAGUUCUACACCGCCAUUGUGGCUCCUCCCGGAGAAUCUGGCUUGGGCACUGCUGAAGGGUUUUUCAAGUCGUAUCUCGCCUUCCCUGUUGUCAUGUUCUUUUGGGUAGUUGGGUACCUCUGGAAGCGUACUGGAUGGCUCCGAACUGAGCAGAUGGAUGUCGAUACUGGCCGCCGAGAGUUGGACUGGGAUGAAAUCAACGCCUACCGAGCCAAGGUUGCCUCGUGGCCAGCUUGGCGACGAAUUCUUCACCACACUUUCUAA